CGGGCAGGAGGAGGAGGAGGAGGAGGCGGCGUUGCCGCCGUUGCCGUCGUUGCCGUUCGACAUGGGGCUCGACGAGGUGAUGCAGGCGGUGGGGCCGCGGCAGCUUUACCUGCUGUGCUUGCUGACCGUGUUGCAGAUCUUUGUGGCUGCUCAUGCUGUUUUCAUGACCAUAGUUGGAGCAACAUCUCCUUUCCACUGGGACUUUGGGAACCUUCCAUCGGAUCACAGCCAGGAUAACACCACGGCCAACGAGAGUCAGCAGUUUCGGCACUGGCUUAGAGUGACAAAUAAGAGCGAGAUUCACAGACAUGUUCAUUUUGAUCCAGGUUUCUCCUCUGUUAUUACAGAGUGGUUCCUCAUUGGCGAUGCCUCCUACAAAAUCAACAUGGCCAGUUCCAUGUAUUUCUUUGGCGUCUUGAUCGGUGUUAUCACUUUUGGACAAAUUUCGGAUCGAUAUGGGAGAAAGAAGGUUUAUUUGACAGGUCUUGCACUGGAUAUAUUGUUUGGCAUUGUGAGUGGAAUUGCUCCCACAUACCAGAUUUUUUUGGCAUUGCGUUUCUUUGUUGGUGUCAACAAUGGAGGAAUGUCAUUGGUGUCCUUCGUUCUGCUCCAAGAGUACGUGCCUGUUUCUUACUGGGCAAUAACUGGUUCAUUACAGAGCCUCUCUUUCGCCAUAGGGAUAUCUCUAUAUGCAUUGGUUGGAUACUUCAUUCGAUCCUGGCGGGUACUGGCUAUUGUGAUCAAUAUUGAAGGAGUAAUCAUUCUGCUGCCAUCUUUGUGCAUCCCGGAAUCUCCCCGAUGGCUGUACGCUCAGGGACGAUGGAGCGAAGCGGAGCAAAUCCUUGAAAGCUUUGCUAAAAAGAAGGGCCAGCAGAAGUCUGUGGUGAGCCUCAAGCCACCGACUGCCCAAAACGUUGGGGAAAAGGCUAAUGUCCUUGAUCUCUUCCGGCAUCGAAUUCUCUUGGAACGGACCCUGGUGUUAAUGUUUGUGUGGUUAAUAUGCAGUCUUGUCUACUAUGGACUGACUCUAAGUGCAGGUGACCUGGGUGGCGAUCGAUAUCUAAACAUAGCACUUUCUGGAUUGGCGGAGUUGCCUUCAUAUCCUAUCUGUCUCUUUCUGUUGAGUCGUACCUGGUCAGGUCGCAGGCGAACACUUGCAGGGUUUCUGCUUGUGGGAGGGGCAGCUUGUCUUAUCAUCAUUUUUCUUCCAGAGACUAAAGGCACUGGGUUGUUGUCCGUUGUCAUUAGCCAAACUCCUGCUAUUCUGGGUAAACUGUCUAUAAGUGCUGCAUUUAACGUAGUCUACAUCUAUUCCUCUGAACUCUUUCCCACCUCAGUCAGGAAUGUUGGAAUGGGAAUCUGUUCCAUGUCUUCCAGAAUUGGUGGGAUCAUUGCACCCUUUGUCCCAUCGCUGAAAUCCAUUCAGGUGUCGUUGCAUUUUGUGGUGCUUGGAGUUGCCGGUCUGCUGGCAGGGGUCCUGUGCUUACUUCUGCCUGAAACGCUGAAUAAACCUGUGCCUGAGAAGAUCUCUGACCUCUACGGCAUUGCGCAUCACAAACGUGAUAUAGUGGUUCCGCAGGCAAGUGUCGUGAAUCCCGCUGGAGAGAGCAGUGAGAGUGAAGAGGAUUUUGCUGCCGAUGAAGGGACAGCGUUGAUCCAGUAACAUGAAGAAUAUUCUACACUUUAAAGAGAGUGCAAUACUGUAAGAAGCACUUUACCUUUGCAGUUUACUGUUUUUCAUGUACACCCUGCUUUUUUAUUGAAAAGUGCAAUGCUAGUUGGAACCUUACUGGCAUUACAGUAUUCAGGAUGUUUAUAGGAUACACGGUCAAACAAUAAUGUGAACCUUGCGGUGCUGUGAUUAAUAAGUGAAUUUGGCAAUGGGGCCUGACUUACUUAAUGUGCUAGAAAGGACACAAAGUGCUGGAGUUACUCAGAGGGUCAGGCAGCAUCACUGCAGAACAUGGAUAGGUGAUGUUUCGGGUCCGGACCCUUUAGACUUGACCCUCUCUCCCUGAAAUGUCACUUAUCCAUGUUCUCCAGAGAUGCUGCCUGACCUGCUGAGUUACUCCAGCUCUUUGUGUUUGUUUUGUGCAUUAACCAGCAUCUGCAGUUCCUCAUUUCUACUCCAUAACUGAACGUGCUAUUACCUCUGAUCAUCCUGUACUAGGCGAGGCAUUUUUCUUUGUGUUUCUUGGCAUCCACCCUCGUUCUUCUUCUGCCUCUCGUCUUGGUUGCAUUGGAGGUGUUUAUUUCUGAACUAGACGGCAGUUGGUCCUACCUCAAAUUUUAAGUCUCGAGUUCAUAAACAAAACCACCACUCAUGCCUGAGGUACGACUUGUGUGGUAACAACAUCCUUUUCUGACUUUCUGGAAUUGUAUUUAUGAAAGCACCACCAGUAGGAAAGAAGCACCCGAGCCACUAUGCUGCCCUAAGUUAUAAGUCGCUGUACUUCAAAACAGUGCAUUCUAUGUGAAAUACCUCAUACCUGUAAAGUGCAAUGAAAUGCUGUACAAGUUUUUAAUUAUCAUCUUGUUUUCUGUUUUGGGAAGUUCUCCAAGUUGAUUGCUGGAUAAAAGAAAAACUCCUGGAAAUGUAUAAUGCUGACCUGUAUGUUCUUGGCCAUUUUACUUAACAAAUGUGUAAAUGGGGAGAGAAACGCUUAUUUUAGGAUACUGGUUCUGAAAAUGGAAUAUACUCUCCUUUUGUCAUCUAACACAACCAUAAAGAACUUCUCAUUAGGCAUGGUGUCAUUCUGCAAAUUCCCUUGCAGUGAAUUGCAAUUUUUUUUCUCCGCAGUAUUCAAUAACCAAUCUUUAUCGUUUCUUCUCAGAUCAUGUUUGUUUGCUGGUAGUUUAAGGCUGCAGCUUUGUCCAUUAAAAAAUUUGGGUUAAGAUCACACCAACUAGUUUCAUGAAAUGAGUGACACUAAUAGAGAGAAUAUUUCUGUUAACCAGAUCCCAUUGAUGUAAGGAAACAUUUUCUGAAAUAUCUGGUGCAUAUUUGAUUUUUAUAAGCUGAAAAUAUGUUAAAGGUUGAAAUUAGAAUCAAGGACUUUUUAAGAGUUCUAUUAUGUAUACUAGACAAGUAAAUUAUUUCUUUAAGGCAAUAUCUCCCAAGUGUAACUUCCAAGAAAGUUUUUUUUUUAAAUGUCCACUUCUUGAAAAUAAUUGUGCCUGGACCAAUAAUAUAUUAUUUUCUUGUUAGUACAAAAUUAGUUUAAAUGGAACACAAAGUUAAUAGUGGCCAGAAAGCAAAUGCUCUACAAUUGCAUCUUCAGUAGCCAGUACCAGCAUUGAAAAUAUAUAAUAGAUGUGAAGAUGUAUGCUGCAAAGCAUUGCAAUUAUAACAAAAUGGAAAAGGUUCUUGCCGAAUUUUAUCGUUCUUCUAGAGGAAGAUCAAAGACUUGCCAACCUCACCAAAUGGUUAUUAAAUCCUGAAGUAACGCUUGAAGAAUUUGGUUCAAAAGUGUUUGAAAAAAAUGUACGGCACUCCUUUUUAAUUUUGGCAAAUCUUUCCCAAAUGGCUAUCUGUCAUGGAAGUUGCUCCUGCAUUGGGACCAGUGAGCUAAAGUGCUUUAAUUUGUAGUAAUGCUCAUUCCCUGUCUAUACCAAAGAAACUCAUCCUUACCAAUGUUUGGACAUAUCUACAUGGUCGACUUAACUCUGCCAGUCUUGUCAAUCAAGAAGAUUUUUAUUCUGUUUUCAGCUUGCAAAGUUUUGGUUUAGAAUCCAAAAUGGUAAUGGAUCAAUUCUUAUGACAAAAAGCAAACGGACUUCUUAAUACAAGUAUCAAACUGUCUCCUCAUGUAUUCCCUUUUGUAUACAUUACAUUUAAUACAUUCCUUGUUUGUAUUAUGUGUACUAAUGACAUUUUGGAAAGGGACACUGAGAUUUCAUAAAUUGUUAGUUAGGAGUUAGAACUGGUUUUGGGGCUCGUUCUAAUUUCAAUUCCAAUGCUUUAAUUCUAAUUCCAACGCUUUGUACAAUUUGUGUAUGUAUGUUUUCUUACUGAUCCAGAUUUCUUGGAAAUAAACUAUAUUGUACACUA